AUGACAUCCACUGCCUCGACCUCAACUGUAUCGCCCACCACGGCCUUAAUAACCUUCUACGAUAUCGCUCUCGCACCUCCUGUCACAAAAAACGCCUGUUCACCAAACCCUUGGAAAACUCGCUACGCCUUAAACUUCAAAGGUACUCCCUACAAAACAACAUGGGUACCCCUACCCGACGUCAGCUCCGUCCGCAGCGCUUUCAGUAUCCCCUCCUCGCGUAAAUUCGCCGACGGAUCUCCCUACCACACCCUGCCCAUUAUCUCUGACCCAGCCACCGGGCGCAUAGUGGGCGACUCCUUUGAAAUCGCGACAUAUCUCCAGGAACAAUACCCAUCCACAGGAGUGGGCGACUUGUUCCCGUUGCAGGAGCUGGAGUUCGUCUUCGGGCGGGAUUUGGGGCUUUAUGCGCCGAUCGCGGAGACGAAGGUGGAGGAGGGGCCUGCUGCGGCGUACGUGAAGUUUAAUACGAAUGUCGAUGCUGUGUUUAGUGCGCAUGCGCGCCUGAUGGUACAGAGGUUCCCUUUUGAUCCUGCUAUUGCGGAGGAGUGCAAGGCGACGUUUUCGCGGAGGAUGGGCGUGCCGUGGGAGACUUUGGCAAUUAGUGGGGAGGAGAGGGAGGAGCUGCUGAACUUAUUUGAGGAAAACUUAGGUGGACUUGCGAGGCUGUAUGUGAGCGAUGCCAGUGGGCCGUUUCUGAUGGGGAGUCAGCCAAGUUAUGCAGAUUUUAUUGUUGGAGGUUGGUUGCGCAUGAGUCGGGGGAUGUUGCCGGGGGAGGAAUGGGAAGCGAUGAAGGGGUGGUACAGCGGUGUAUUUGGAAGGUUACAUGAGGCGUUGGAGGUAUUUGCGCAGAUGGACUAG